UUAUCCACCGUUUGGCAGUGGCGACACAUAUAUUAAACGUCAUUUCCGGGCGGGUCAAUUCAAUGUAGCUAACGUUCGCCGAUGUUUAUUUCGGGCUUGCGAUUGAUAGUAGACCGUAGAAUGAAACAUAUAAUGAAUUAUUUUAUGUAUCGUCAUGCUAUUUGUUAGUUAACUUUGCUUGCUGCAGAUAUUAGCACUGAACAGGAGGAUUUUUAUUUUGUUUCAAGAUUCUGUGCUUACCAAGCUGCUGUGCAAUGGAGCCACGUGACGACACGGGGGACCUCAACCAAGAGGACGAAGUGCUCCUAAGCAAUCGAUCCGACGGCCAAUCAGACACCGCGGCGGACAUGCAGAAAAUAAGAGAGCAGCUUUUUAACCAGUGCUUUGAGAUGGAAGUGAAACUCAAUAGAGGCACAAAUCAGAGGCCGUGCUCCCUGGCCGAAGCGGACCAAGGCUUGGCUGACAGUGUCGGGGAGCUGGAAAGAAUCAAGUCGUUUCAUUUUAACCGAACGCUGGCCUUGCACAGAAUGCAGAUGUGGCACGCCAUUGGCGACAAGCUGAAGCAAAACGAUUCCGAGGCGGCCGAGCUGAAAGCCAUCAGUGACCGCUGCAUGCUACUUUCCUCGCACAUAAAAAAACUUCAGCGGGAAAUAAGGACUCUCCAAGAUGAUAUCACAAUGCUCCAAAAAAAAAGGCUUGAGAUGAAGCAGUGCGUGCAUCAGAAAAUGAAAGAGAUCGAAAGCUUGAAGGUGCAGAAAGCGCACCCGGAUUCCGAGAAGUUCAAAGCCAUGUUGGAGAAGGGUCGCAAGAACUUAGAAGAUUACAAGAAGAUGGUCGUCAUAGCACAGAACGUAUUCAGGGGAAUUCUGUUAGCGUAUAAAGUAAACUGGAUAGCGGAUCCAAAACUGCGAGAAAUAGCCUUGUCUCUGGAGGAAUCCCCUAUCCCCGACUAAAUGAAUGCACUUGUCUAUUCGUUGUACCUGUUUGUCUGCGCGG